GAGGAAAUUGAGCCGAGAGUUGAUACCAUAAAGGAUUCGUUCGGUAAAGAGAGACACAUACAACGAUUUUGUUGGACAUCUACUGCCUUGGCCCUGAUGAAGUCGGAACCUACAAAAGACCGGGACACAAAACUGGACCAAUCUCACGCAAUUCUACCAUAUCUUCGAACUCAGUCGGGCUAUUUCUUGGUAGAACUACUCUCAGGAGUGAUUUUUGUGGACUUAGUCUCAUCGCUACCACCCUGUAAUUGUGGUCAAGCCGAGCGCUUGGGGCGUUCUCGAUUGCACAAUUGUCCCCUUCAACUGACCAGGCGCCGCUGGAAUACUGCAAUCCACACUGGCCACGAAAUACUAUCUCAUUGUGUGGAUACCGGCUACCCUGCCCUCUUAAAUGACUAUAUCACUCGUCGUAUUGUAUCUGACUCUCAACUUUAUCCCCACCGAACAUCAGCAGGUUCCGAUUCCAGCGAGGUUGUUGGAUGGAAGCGUGUUGGAAACCCCGCUUUGGAAGAAUCCGAUGCGCCAAUGUUCGAGGAGCUGCUGGCCAUCCACAGCGCAGAACUCGAUUUUCUCAAGAACAACCUUUUGUCUGCUAGGAAGAUUGUCGAUGCCAUGAAGUCGUCCCCUUCCCAGCUAGUUGGAGACCCGACCUCAUCUCAGCCAUUAUCUUCGACAGAGGUGAUCUAUGACACCGCAGUUCAGACUCUUCAGGGGAUCGAAACGCAUAUGAAAACCGUAGAAGUUCUCAUGAAGAAUCUUGAAGGAUUGAAGCACCCUAUCCGGACGCUGCCCACAGAACUCUUGAAGAUCAUCAUGGAGGCGGCCGUCGAGGCAGACGAGCAAGAAAGAAGAGCUUCUAUUUUUUUUCCUCCCAAUUCUAUACACGAAGCCAACCUUCCUACCCGAAGUAACACAUUGAUGGGUGAUGACCUCGGUUCCCUUGCAAUAAGGGCACAUCAUUCUCGAGACUAUCGAAGAUCCGGGUAUGCCAAGGUCCCAACUGCAGUAUUGCUCUCUCACGUUUGUCGUCGCUGGCGUGAGGUGGCUUGCUCUACUCCAUCCCUCUGGAGGAUCAUCCGGUAUUCGCUCUCUGGCCAGCCCGACUCAGGGUUCAAGAGCUGGGAUAGGGUCAGAUUAUUCUUACAACGAGCGGAUCAUGACCCCCUUAGUCCGAAUAACCGAGCCAUCGAUCACGGAAUAUCAUUAAUAUUCACCAACUGGAUGGAGCACACCCAUCCCCCGCCAGCUGACAGUUUGAGAAAAGUGAUGAGAAUGCUCUCCAAACCUGAUAGGACGGAGAGAGAAUGGACUACGGAAACUCCAAGUCACUCGAGAAGACAGUCGGCAGCAAACUCGACCUUCAACGCCAUGACACCCCCGCUCGGUGAUCUAAAUGAAUAUGUAGACCCAGAGCAGUCGUUCAUAAUCAAGAGAUUCGAAAUCGUCUUUGACACGCUCUGCGAACAUCCCAACUUGUUGGGGAGCAGCAGAAAUGCAGAACUUCUCUGGCCCACCGGCUGCCCUCGGCCCAAGGAAGUAGCGUAUAUCGCUCGAGAUAAUGUCUAUAAGCAACCUCCCCAUGAUGAUGAGGACAUUCCAGAUAUUCUGAUACCCCCUUAUGCCAAAUCUUUAAUACCUUGGGCCAAGGACGUCACUUUGUACAACCUACGCUAUCCCUGGCCUGAAAUGGAAGGGGAAUCUGCCUACAAGCGGCUGAAUGUACUGAGGAUUCACUUCACUUGUGACUUUGAGCGACUGCUUGAAAAGCCACGAAGUGAAGAUAACCUUGGGUUUUUGCAAUUCUUAAAGAUGGCACCAAAUCUCACAGAAUUAGAGAUAAGGCUACCUCAACGUACAGGUAUCUCCUCCUCAGACCUUUCCACGAUACGUCGACCAGAUCCUCAAUCCUCAACCCCUCCUCCUCUGAAAACAUCCUUGAAUCAUCUCCUAAUAUCAUACCGCGACUUGCUGGAAAUUAUCCCUCUAUUCAUGCCUAAUCCAGCUCACCCUAGU